GUCCUAAUUUUUCUUUGUUUCCAUAUAAAGCUUGAAGGAAGCAAAAUAUUUAUAUUAUAUUACGUCUAAUCCUAGUUGAUCUCUGAUCUCAUUAGGAUACAUAUUUUGUUGACUAAUUCUUUAGUAGAUUAUGAUUCCCAAGGGUAUUUCAGCUACGUCGCGCUGGGUAUCGCGUCUUCCGCCUUUCGCUCGCCGUGCAUUGCAAGUGGAUCAAAUGGAAUUUGAUUCUGCUCUUUCACAAAUGUACUCCCUUUGUAUUCAGCCCUCAUUAGUUGGCAAAAUGAGCAAAGCUCGAAAAAUGACUAAGAACCAUUAUUAUAGAGAUGAUCCUGCCUUUUUGGUGAUACAGCUUCUGUUUACUUUGCUAACUACUGGUGCAUACGGGGCAACAUUUAGUGAAUCAUUUUCACAAGUCGUUGGUUGCUUCUUUUACGAAGUCUUUGUUGUUUAUUACCUAUGCGGUAUACUGUUUUCGUCCCUGAUUUGGAUCACUGUGAACCACUUUCUGGUGGAUCCAAAUCAGUUCAACGAAGUUUCUCGCGAGACAGAGUGGCGGUAUUCCUUUGAUGUACACUGUAACGGUUACUUCAUUUACUUUAUCUGGACAAAAGUAAUUAAGUUUAUCCUUUUGCCAGUUUUGUACUCCAAUAGUUCCUUUGUAUCCCAAAUUCUUUCAAAUAGCUUGUAUUUAUUUGGAGCAUCCGCGUAUUUUUAUAGCAUCUUUCUUGGUUACUUAGAGCUCCCCGUGCUGACACAGCAACAACGGCUUAUGUAUCCUGUACCGGUGCUAAUAUUACUCAUAGUUGUUAUCACCCUUUUCUCUCACACAAACUUGACCGUUUGGAGUGUCCAUUUUUACUGGUUACCGGCUGGGAAGAGCAAUUAAUCCCUGUAGAGCGUUAAAGCACUGCGACUAUAUUUGUGUACCAUUGUUUAUUGUUCAGACAUCUUUCGCUAU